AUGAAGUUCAUUGACAUUUUAUUCGUACUGAGCGCGGCAGCAACCGCUAAUGCAAUACUGGUUUCAGAUAAUAGCAAUGACUCAGUUCAGGCAUCAAGCACUUUCAGUCAAGUGUCUGGUCCAACCAAUGAACCUGAGCCAGGCACUUCCGGACAAGGCCAGCAAUACUUGUUGUAUCGAACUGAUCCAGGUGUUCCAAAACGAAGUCGAAAACGCCCAAUCAGUGAGCCUGGUCCAAGUGCUCCAAAACGAAGUCGGGAACAAUCAACGAAUCAACCCGGUCCAAGCACUUCCAAUCAAGACCAGCAACAGCCAAUGGACGAAGAAGAGUCGGGAAAUACUGCUCCAAAUCAAGCGGUUGUAUUAAGCGAAAGAAAUCGGAAAACCUUGGAUAGUCUAAAGCAAAAACUUGAAGAGUUUAAAGAAGUGGAAAAGAGCAUGUGUCGAGCCUAUUAUGAUAGUGUGUUUCAUCAAUUAAGCCAAUGGAAAGGUUUAAGAAAAGGCAAAGGCAAGACUAUUUCAGCUCUGAAAUGUGCGAUAAAAGAAGCAGUUAUGCCUGCUUUGCAGACUCCUAUUUGCAAUUUGGAUUUGAAAAUAGGAAACUCGAUUAUUGAAGUAUUAAGAGCCUCUGAUUUGAAGGAUGUAUUAGAAGAAGCUCAAGUUUCAAUCACCAACACAAUCAUAAGCAAAUUCAAGUCACCUAAAAAAACUGGUAUUAUUCGGUGUCCUAUUUAUACUACUUUGGAUCAAGAAACGAAUACAGAAAUCAAGGACCUAAUGAACAAAGAGGUUUUUGAAGAUGAAAAGUAUCUGUUUACCAUUGAAAAUGGUAUUGUAUAUGCAAUCAAGAACACAUGCAAUUUAGAUGAAACCAAUAAAGAAUUACGAGACUACGUUGCUUCAACAUGGAAAGAUCCACAACUUUUACACGAUGAUGCUUGCUCAACAGCGACUCCAAACAAAACUGUCGAGUAUUUUUUAAACGACUCCAUUGAAAAGGCAAUCACGUUUGUUGUCAUUGAAAAAGUCGACUGA